AAGUCCAGACCAAAACUGUAACACACAGAGGCGGAGCAGAAGCAACUUAACCUCAACAACGUGAUUGUUCGACACAUCCACCACCACCGCAUCACAUCUCACUCUCACUCAUGGUUCCAAAACCAAACCCUAACUUCGCAUAGCUUAGCUUAGCUUCAAUACAUUCAACACAAUGCGAAUUAGAUCUGAAUAUAGUGUUCUGCUCCUGCUUCUUCUUCUUCUGGGGAUUAUUGCUUCUUCAACCUCCGCUCCAAGCCCCAAAAAUGUCCAAACCUCCCUUCGUGCUAAAUGGUCCGCCACUCCUCUUCUCUUAGAAGCCGGGGAAUUACUAUCUAAACACCAGCAGCACCUUCUCUGGGACUUCAUUGAAAACUGGCUUCAUGAUGCUUCUCACCACGACGAUGCUCAAUCUCACUCUGCUAAGGACUGUGUCAACAACAUUCUACACCACGCUCGCCCUCUUCUCAGAGACCCUUUGGCAUCUUUGUUUGAGUUCUCUCUCAUUCUCAGAUCAGCUUCCCCUGCACUCGUCCUUUACCGCCAGUUGGCCCUUGACUCUCUCUCGUCUUUUCCCGAUGAUGAGAUCGUUGAAGCCAAAAACAGCUCUGGGUUGCGUGUUGGUGUUACCCUCAAUAGCCCUCGAGGUAAAUGUUGCUGGCUGGAUACUGGGGACCACUUGUUUUUCCAUGUUUCUGAACUGCUUCAGUGGCUUCAAGCCCCUGAUCAACUGGUGGGUGAUACGUUUCAGAGACCUCAAGUAUUUGAGUUUGAUCAUGUUCAUUUUGAUUCGACCACUGGGAGUCCGGUUGCUGUCCUUUAUGGUGCUCUCGGCACAACUUGCUUUAAGGAGUUUCAUGUUGCUCUUGUUGGAGCUGCCAAACAGGGAAAAGUCAAGUAUGUAUUAAGACCGGUAUUGCCAGCUGGAUGUGAAACACAUUUCGGCCAUUGUGGUUCUGUUGGUGCAAGCGAGUCAGUAAACUUGGGUGGUUAUGGUGUGGAACUUGCUUUAAAGAAUAUGGAAUAUAAGGCCAUGGAUGACAGUACAAUUAAAAAAGGUGUGACUUUGGAGGAUCCCCGCACUGAAGAUCUUAGCCAAGAAGUUAGAGGAUUCAUAUUCUCUAAAAUUCUGGAACGUAAACCUGAGCUAACAUCCGAGAUCAUGGCUUUCAGGGAUUAUCUGUUGUCAUCAACCAUAUCAGAUACACUUGAUGUUUGGGAACUAAAGGAUCUUGGACAUCAAACUGUGCAGAGAAUAGUCCGUGCCUCUGAUCCUCUGCAAUCAAUGCAGGAUAUUAAUCAAAAUUUUCCUAGCAUAGUGUCUUCUUUGUCUCGCAUGAAGUUAGAUGAUUCUGUUCGAGAUGAAAUAAUGGCAAACCAGCGGAUGAUCCCACCUGGCAAGUCUUUAAUGGCUCUCAAUGGUGCUUUAGUCAAUGUUGAAGAUAUUGACCUUUAUCUGUUGAUUGACAUGGUUCAUCAGGACCUGUUGUUGGCUGAUCAGUUCUCAAAAUUGAAGAUUCCUCAUAGCACUGUGCGAAAACUGCUGUCAACUUUACCUCCAUCAGAGUCCGAUAUGUUUCGUGUUGAUUUUCGUUCUAAUCAUGUUCAUUAUCUCAAUAACUUGGAAGAGGAUGACAAAUACAAACGGUGGAGAAGCAAUCUAAAUGAGAUCUUGAUGCCAGUCUUCCCUGGGCAGCUACGUCAAAUCCGUAAAAAUCUUUUCCAUGCUGUUUUUGUUCUUGACCCAGCAACCACUUGUGGUCUUGAGUCCAUUGAUAUGAUCAUAUCAUUGUAUGAGAAUAAUGUUCCUGUGAGGUUUGGGAUUGUACUGUAUUCUUCAAAGUACAUCAUGCAGUUAGAGGACCAUUCUGCCAAAGAUGAUGGAGACAAAUUUGAGGAGGACAUAUCUAAUAUGAUUAUACGUCUCUUCAGCUAUAUCAAGGGGAACCAUGGUAUUCAGAUGGCAUUUGAGUUUUUGAGCAAUGUUAACAAAUUUCGCAUUGAAUCAGAUGAUCAUGCAGACGAUUCUCAUCUUGAACUGCACCAUGUUGAAUCCGCAUUUGUAGAAACAAUAUUACCUAAGGUAAAAUCCCCACCUCAAGAGAUAUUGUUAAAGCUGGAGAAGGAGCCAGAGUUGAAGGAAUUGUCUCAAGAAAGCUCCAAGCUUGUAUUUAAGCUUGGUUUAUCUAAGAUUCAAUGUCCUCUGUUGAUGAAUGGGCUUGUUAUUGAUCCGACUGAGGAGGCUCUACUAAAUGCCUUGAAUGAAGAGACUCAGAGAAUACAAGAGCAAGUUUAUUAUGGACAAAUAAAACCGCACACUGAUGUAUUGGCCAAGUUCCUAUCAGAAGCUGGUAUUCAACGCUAUAAUCCUCGGAUUAUUUCUGAUAACAAACCAAGAUUCAUAUCUCUUUCAACGUUUAUUUUUGGAGAGGCAUCUAUACUGAAUGAUAUUGACUACUUGCAUUCUCCUGAGACAAUGGAUGAUUUGAAGCCUGUGACACAUCUUCUUGGCGUUGAUAUCACUUCAGCAAGUGGGAUGAAAUUACUUCGCCAAGGCUUAAAUUAUCUGAUGGAAGGGUCCACAGAUGCUCGUGUAGGUCUUCUGUUUAGUGCCAAUCAAAGUUCAGAUUCGUUUACCCUCCUUUUCGUGAAGGCUUUUGAUAUCACUACAUCCACAUAUAGCCAUAAGAAGAACGUAUUAGACUUCUUGGAUCAGUUAUGCUCCCUUUAUCAGAAGAAAUUCAUCACUACGUCAGCUUUGGAAGUCGAUACCACCCAAGCAUUUAUUGACAAGGUCUGUGAGCUUGCUGAGGCUAAUGGGUUCCCAUCCGAGGACUAUAGAUCUGCCCUCUCAGAAUUUUCUGCUGAUGAAGUGAGAAGUCAAUUGAUGAAGGUGGGAAAGUUUUUGUACAGGGUACUUGGAUCUGAAUCUGGUGUUAAUGCUGUCUUCACGAAUGGAAGGGUAACUUAUCCUAUUCAUGAAAGCACAUUUUUGAGUGCUGAUCUGCAUCUUCUUGAAUCAAUAGAGCUUAAGAAGAGGAUAAAGCAUAUUAUGGAAAUUAUUGAAGAAGUUAAAUGGCAGGAUGUUGACCCUGACAUGCUGACAAGCAAAUUCCUUAGUGAUAUUGUCAUGGCUGUAUCAUCUUCAAUGGCUACCAGAGAGCGGACUUCUGAAGGUGCUCGUUUUGAGAUUUUGAAUGACCAAUAUAGUGCCAUUAUUCUAAACAAUGAAAAUUCUAGCAUUCAUAUUGAUGCGGUUCUGGAUCCUUUAAGUCCAACCAGCCAGAAGUUGUCUGGAAUUCUUCGAGUUUUGUGGAAAUAUAUUCAGCCCAGCAUGAGGAUUGUACUGAAUCCAUUGAGUUCCCUUGCUGAUCUUCCUCUGAAGAGCUACUACAGAUAUGUAGUACCGUCAAUGGAUGAUUUUAGCAACACUGACUCUUCAAUAAAUGGACCAAAAGCAUUUUUCGCCAACAUGCCAUUGUCUAAGACUCUCACCAUGAAUCUUGAUGUCCCCGAACCUUGGCUUGUUGAGCCCGUUGUUGCUGUCCAUGACCUAGAUAACAUUCUGCUUGAGAACCUUGGCGACACAAGAACACUGCAAGCGGUUUUUGACCUUGAAGCUCUUGUCCUCACAGGUCAUUGCUCUGAGAAAGAUCAUGAUCCUCCUCGAGGCCUUCAGUUGAUUCUUGGAACCCAAAUUUCACCCCAUCUAGUUGAUACCCUUGUGAUGGCCAAUCUUGGUUAUUGGCAAAUGAAAGUCUCUCCUGGUGUUUGGUUCUUGCAACUUGCUCCUGGUAGGAGUUCUGAGCUCUAUAUUUUAAAGGAGGAGGAUGAUGGAAGUCAGAAUAAACAAUCAUCAAAACUCAUCACUAUUAAUAGUUUACGGGGUAAAGUAGUUCAUAUGGAAGUAGUGAAAAGAAAGGGCAAGGAACAUGAGAAAUUGCUGAUUCCUGAUGAUGGUGAAAAUGUGCAAGAUCAGAAGAGAGGAAGUACCUGGAAUUCCAACUUACUAAAGUGGGCUUCUGGUUUCAUUGGUAACAAUGAACAAUCUAAAAAAGCUGAAAGCAAUUCACCUGAGAAAGCAAGGGGGGGACGCCAUGGAAAAACAAUUAAUAUCUUUUCAAUUGCUUCGGGUCAUCUAUAUGAACGCUUUUUGAAGAUUAUGAUUCUAAGUGUUCUAAAGAAUACUCCUCGUCCAGUGAAAUUCUGGUUCAUAAAAAACUACCUUUCUCCUCGUUUUAAGGAUCUGAUUCCCCGCAUGGCCCAAGAGUAUGGUUUUGAAUAUGAACUAAUCACAUACAAAUGGCCUACUUGGUUGCACAAGCAGAAAGAAAAGCAGCGAAUAAUUUGGGCGUAUAAAAUUUUAUUCCUGGAUGUCAUCUUUCCCCUUUCCCUGGAGAAGGUCAUUUUUGUAGAUGCUGAUCAGGUUGUCAGGGCUGACAUGGGAGAACUAUAUGACAUGGAUUUAAAAGGAAAACCUCUGGCAUAUACUCCAUUUUGUGACAACAAUAAGGAGAUGGAUGGAUACCGGUUUUGGAGACAAGGUUUCUGGAAGGAUCAUUUGCGGGGAAAACCAUAUCAUAUUAGUGCUUUGUAUGUUGUUGAUCUGAAGAAGUUCCGAGAGACUGCAGCUGGAGAUAAUCUCAGAGUUUUCUAUGAAACCCUUAGCAAGGAUCCAAAUAGUCUAUCCAACUUGGAUCAGGAUCUUCCUAAUUAUGCUCAGCAUAAUGUGCCCAUUUUUUCCUUGCCACAAGAAUGGCUAUGGUGUGAGUCAUGGUGUGGUAAUGCUACAAAAUCCAAGGCAAAAACAAUUGAUCUCUGCAACAAUCCCAUGACAAAAGAACCCAAACUUCAGGGUGCUAGACGAAUAGUAUCUGAGUGGCCAGACCUUGAUUCGGAGGCAAGUAGAUUCACUGCACGAAUCUUGGGUGAUGAUCAAGAGCCAACACAAUCACCUGACCGGUCUAAGGAUUUGACAAGUGAAGAUUCAUUGAAAGAAGACUUGGAAUCCAAAGCCGAGUUGUGAACACAACAGACAGAAGUGUUCUGAAAGGAUCUGUGAUCUAUGAUGCAGUUGGCAGUGGCACCACAUUAGCAUCAUGGUACAUUUAUUACCAAGGAGCGCCUGGCUGAUAUCUUGGCAUGCCGCCAAACACAAUAACAACAGUUAAACGCAUUGAAGAUUUGCCUUCUCUGUUGCCAUUUCCAGGUUCAAAAAGAAUAUUUUGGUUAGAGUGAAAUGUUAGUAUAUUCUGAUAUUGACUUACGCCCAUUUUCAGACUGGUAUCCAUGCCAUCUAAUCUCAUGAAUGUGAUACCUCGGCCAACCUACGCCCAUUUUUGUUCUUUUCAAGAAUAACCGAAUACAAUAGGGAGGAGUACUGGAGUUUAGCAAUGCCAAAUAUAUAUGAGUGAUAGUGUAAUUUUAUUUCAUAUUAAGCUGAAAAAAGAGUUGAUCUAAACAUGCUAUAAGGAGGAAAGACUCCUUUGUUUGA